CAGACCGGCACCCUCUCGUCCCUCCUCACCCUCUCUGAAACGCUCGCCAAGCAGGACCCGGCCGUCACCUCCGCCGUCCAGAAGACGGUCGACACGAUCCGGAACCUCACGUCGGCCAACGCCGCUCCCUCUGCCGCCGCCGGCGCCUCCGGCAGUAGCAGCGCGCAGGACCGGUGGCAGUGGAACCGGUCCAAGUACCGCGUCGACGGGCGCAGCCUGAGCGACAUCGUCGACGCGCUCGUCAAGGAGGUCGCGAGCAUCGAGAACGCGCAGAGGAACAAGUCGCAGCAGUACGCCGUCGUCAAGGGCCAGGUGACGACCGCGCUUCGCAAGAAGACCGGUAAUCUGUCGAUGCGGUCACUGGCAGACGUCGUCUCGGCAUCCGACUUUGCCAGCACGAACGGGUCCGAGUACCUCGAGACCAUCCUCGUCGCCGUCCCCAAGAACAUCGUCAAGGAGUGGGAGACGUCGUACGAGCGGUUGACGCAGAUGGUCGUGCCGCGGUCCUCGACCAAGCUCGCGCAGGACGACGAGUUCGUGCUGUACUCGGUCACGCUCUUCCGCCGGGUCAAGGACGAGUUCGCGCAGAAGGCUCGCGAGAAGAAGUUUGUCGUGCGCGACUUUACCUACGACGAGGAGGCGAUCGAGAAGCAGAAGCGCGAGCUCGAGGCGCUCGUCGUCGAGGAGAAGGACAUGUGGGCCGACCUCCUUCGCCUGUCGCGCAUCAACUUCAGCGAGCUCUUCCAGGUCCUCGUCCACCUCAAGGUCGUGCGCGCCUACGUCGAGAGUGUCCUGCGGUACGGCCUGCCGGCCGCCUACUUUGGCGCCGUCAUCAAGCCCGAGCCGAAACAGCUCGACAAGCUCCUGUCGACGCUCGCGACGUUCCUCGUUCCCGAGCACGAGCGCAAGCGCAACAAGAAGCACGGCGCGGGCAAGGGCGACGACGACGACGCGGCGGCGCUCGGCGAGUACGCGACGCUCAUGGAGGGCGAGUACCACGAGUUUGUCGUGUUCGAGAUCGAGCAGGUCGACGCCAAGGACGAGUGA